GUAGUGACACCUCUCCCCCCCUCCUCCGUCCUUCUCUCUCCAUGGAAAAAAGUGGAAGCAGAUCCUUCACCUUGUCUUGGUGGCCUUUUAUUUUAGCCUUUCUCGUUCUUUGCUGUUCCAGUGAAACUUGUAACGCUAAGGAUGAUAGUACAAACUGUACCUCCUCCUGCGGCAAUAUUCACAACAUAAGCUACCCUUUUCGACUAAAAGAUGAUCCAAAGCACUGCGGCCACAUUCUGUAUACUCUUUCCUGUGAGAACAACAUUACAGUAUUAGAUCUACCUUAUUCUGGUAAAUACUACGUACUGGCAAUCGACUACAAUAACAAAACAAUCCGACUUCUAGAUCCUGGCCUUGACAACAACAAUUGCUCUUCCAUGCCUCGAAAUUCGCCGUCCUACAUAAGCGAGCCAUAUACUUCGGAUGAUCCCACCACUUAUCUUCCACUUUCAACAUCAAUAUUUUACUUGAGGUGUAGAAACAAAAUGAAUUCUUCUCUGUACGUGGAUACUGCUCCAUGCUUGAAUAAUAGUGCCACUUCUUUGAUUCAACCAAAAUCUUAUAGUUAUGUCAAGGUUGGCCCAGACGAUAUGGAAGUAGGGGAUUUGGAGGAGGGUUGCGGAGCCGAGGGGAUUGCUUUGAUGCUCUUGGACUACUCUAAGGAGUACUACAAGGCCUCUUAUGAAUAUAUACACAGUGCACUCAUGUAUGGCUUUGAGCUUCGAGUAUAUUGGCCAGAUGAAUUAGAGCCAUCCUGCGGCUAUAGGUCUGCCACUCGUCGUCCUAAAUGUUUUCCACGUACCAUCUCAGGUUUAUUUCGAUACCUGUGGGAUCAAUUCAGUUUUUAUUUGCGUAAAAACGUGAAUUCUCGAAACUUUCCUCGAUGGUUACCAUUCAAAUCCAUGGUGCGUGGAUGGGGUAUACUCAUGGGCACCGGGUUAUUUUUAAUAGUAAGACUCCUGCUUGGGGUUCCAGUUGUAACUGUAUUUUUAGUAUAUAAAUGGCGCAGAAGACAUUGGUCAAUGUACAGUACAAUAGAAGACUUUCUGCAAUGCAAUAACAACUUCAUGCCUAUAAGGUACUCUUACUCAGAAAUUAAGAAGAUGACUCGCAAGUUUAAUGAUAAGUUGGGCGAAGACGGCUUUGGCUCCGUAUUUAAAGGAAAGUUACGCAGCGGCCGUUUUGUAGCAAUUAAAGUUUUGGGCAAGCCCAAAGCAAAUGGCCAAGAUUUCAUUAGCGAAAUAGCUACAAUUGGAAGGAUUCACCACGCUAAUGUGGUGCAACUUGUUGGUUAUUGUGUCGACGGAUCAAAGCGUGCUUUAGUAUAUGAUUUCAUGCCCAAUGGCUCUCUUGAUAAAUACAUUUAUUCCAAAGAAGGAAGUAUCCCCUUAAGUAUCAAGAACAUGUAUGAGAUUUCUCUUGGAGUGGCUCAAGGGAUCGAAUAUCUACAUCAAGGGUGCGACAUGCAAAUUCUACAUUUUGACAUCAAGCCUCAUAACAUUCUUCUUGAUGAGAACUUUAAAGCAAAGAUUUCUGACUUUGGGCUUGCAAAAUUGUAUCCCGUAGAUAAUAGCAUUGUCUCUUUGACGGCAGCAAGAGGGACAAUGGGAUAUAUUGCUCCUGAGUUGUUUUACAAAAAUAUUGGAGGCGUCUCGUACAAGGCUGAUGUCUAUAGUUUUGGAAUGUUGUUAAUGGAAAUGGCAAGCAGAAGGAAGAAUUGGAAAGCAACGGUAGAGCAUUCCAGCCAAAUCUUCUUCCCGUUGUGGGUAUAUGAUCAAUAUAUUGUGGGAAAUGACUUGGAGAUGGAUAAUGUUACAGAGGAGGAAAAGAAAGUAAUAAGAAAGAUGGUUAUAACUGCCUUGUGGUGUAUUCAAAUGAAACCAAGUGAUCGCCCUUCGAUGUCCAAAGUCAUCGAAAUGCUUGGAGGAAAUGUUGAAUGUCUGCAAAUGCCUCUCAGGCCUUCUCUAUGCCCACAAGAAAUGCCUGCGACUAUGGGUGAUAUUCAAGACAAUAAAUUGAACCCAAUAUGUUCUAACAUGGAGCUAACAUGUUCAUUGUCAGCUAGGUGAUGGUCAAAUUGUUAAGAAAGUGCAAUAAUGUAAUAUUAAUUAAAUUCUUACUUUAAAGUGAUUUAGUGAGUCAUCCAUAAUUGAUUGGGCUUGAAUUCAUAUAGGAACUACUUCGGUUGUUGCGUUUACAGCUA